ACCUCAAAAGAAAUUCUGAAUGCAUAUAUCUAUAUAUACAUAUAUAUGAAGGGUUGUCAAGUGAAAUAUAUACAUAUACAUAUGUCAAAAAUCAAUUAAAAACAAGCAAAUUCUUAAUUAUUCAAAUAGUAAUUAUAAUUUUAGAACGCGAGAAUUAAUAUCUUUUUAAUAUUAUGAAUAAUUCUAUAGAGUCAAUAACACGUUCCAUGGUGGAAAAUGUGCGAAUGCUCGAUAAAUAUAGUAACAAUCAUUCAAUUGGAACACUAUAUAUUACUGUAACGCAUAUAAUAUUUGUCGAUUCAAAUGGAAAGAAACAAAUAUGGAUUUUAAAUACACAUAUUGCAAGUGUUGAAAAAUUGCCUUUAUCUACAACUGGUUCACCACUUCUUAUAAAGUGCAAGAAUUUUUUUGUUGUAACAUUUAUCAUUGCCAAAGAACGCGAUUGUCAUGAAGUCUACCUCACUUUACUUAAACUAUCUUCACCAGCCAGUAUGGAGGAUCUUUAUUGUUUUCAUUAUCGAGAAGCAUGGGCCCAACAAUUGGGUUGGAAUCUUUUUAACGUACAACGAGAAUUUCAGCGGCAAGGCGCUCCAAAUGAAGAAUGGAGUAUUUCAUAUUUAAAUACAAAUUACGAAUUAUGUGAAACAUAUCCGCGUUGUUUAUUUGUACCAACAACGUGUACAACUAGUGUUUUAGUUGGAAGCGCCAAAUUUAGAAGCAAAGGAAGAUUACCAGUUUUAACUUAUCUUCAUAAAAAUAAGGCAGCAAUUUGUCGUUGCAGUCAACCACUUUCGGGAUUCAAUGCCCGUUGUCCAGAGGAUGAACAAAUGUUGUACAAUAUUCUUUGUACUAAUACAAAUGCCAAGUACAUUUAUGUUGUGGAUACUCGACCUAGGAUAAAUGCAAUGGCCAAUAGAGCGGCUGGUAAAGGAUAUGAAAACGAAAACUUUUAUGAUAAUAUUAAAUUCAAAUUCUUUGGAAUUGAAAACAUUCACGUUAUGAGAGCGAGUCUUAAUAAAUUAAUUGACUUACAAAAAAGCACAUCAAUGAGUUCAUUUUUAACGGGCCUUGAAAGCAGUGGAUGGUUAAAGCAUAUAAAAUCAAUUUUGGAAACAUCAUGGUUCAUUGCACAAGCUGUCUCAAAUGGAAUAAGCGUUGUUGUUCAUUGUAGCGAUGGAUGGGAUCGUACAGCGCAAGUUUGUUCCCUAGCUGCAUUACUUCUUGAUCCAUUUUAUCGAAGUAUUCAGGGUUUUCAAAUUUUAAUUGAAAAAGAUUGGCUUUCAUUUGGACAUAAAUUCAAUGAUCGUUGCGGUCAUAUAAUAAGCGAUAGCAAAGAAUUGGCACCAAUUUUCACUCAAUUCAUUGAUUGCACAUAUCAAUUACUUCAACAAUAUCCUUAUGCAUUUCAAUUUAAUGAAGUAUUUCUUUUAACAUUACACGAUCAUGUAAACAGUUGUCAAUAUGGUACAUUUGUUGGUAAUUGUGAAAAGGAAAGGCAAAAAUUUAAAUUAACUGAAAAAACAUAUUCAUUCACUGGUUAUAUUUCAAAACAUUUAAAUGAAUAUAUUAAUCCAUUUUAUCGAAAAAAUGUAACUGACAAAGAAAUGAAUGCUGUUCUUCAACCAAAACUUGCGCCACAAUCAAUUAUACUUUGGCGUGGUUUAUAUUAUCGUUUUGAAAAUGGUAUUCAUCCACGUGAAACAUUUGAUGAACAUAUGCAUAUACUUCACGAUCAUAAAAAUUCAAUUGAAGAUCAUGUAAAACUUUUAAUUAGACGAAUGAAUUCAUUGGGAAAAUUAUUUACGAUAAAUAAUGUGCCAAUGAAAGAUGAACAUUUUAAAUUUGAUAAAAAUUUAACAGAAUUUUUCUCUGAGAAAAUUAUUAAUAAUUUAGAAGAAGAUGAAGAUAAAUUAUUUGUUACACUUAAGGCAAAUCAACUUGAAAAAGAAAUGAAAGCUGUUGCAUUGGAUUGGAAAUUUUCACGGAAUAUAAGUGAAUGCAUUUGUUCUGCUAGCUUUGAUGUUUUCAAUAGAAAGUAUCAUUGUUUUUCUUGUGGAAAUAUUUUCUGCUUAAAAUGUAUGGGAGUUGAAAGAAUACUUGUAGGUCAUGAAUCUCAACGUCCAGUACCAACUUGUAAGGGUUGUUCAAGAAAAUCAACUGUUUCAUCUCCUGUUAGAUCUUGAACUUUUUUUUUUUUAUUUAUAUAAUUAAAUAAUAUGUAAAUAUUUUUUUUUUUUAAAUUUAAACGCUUUGUCGUAUCGACAAUUUCUAUAAUAUUAUUAUUGUAAAAUAGAUGUUAAAUAAUCGUUUGUAUAUAUAAAUAUGAGAAAUAUAUUUAUUGUGAUUUGUAA